CCACAGCUUCCGCCUUACUAUAACAUUCAAAACGACAAGUCGGGCAUUUCUCUUCUGUUCUUGCCCCCUGCCUGGUUGUUUUUCUUUUUUUCGCUUCGGCUCGGUUAUGAGCGGGCUGUGUUUGCGCCAAUGUAUUUGCCCGUUCGAUUUCAGAGACAAACACAGGAGGUGGAAUGAAAAAAGCGAACGCGGAGAGUGCACUUCGGCCGAGUCUCGACACGGUGUGAAGCUUUCACACUAACUCAAAACUCAUCUGUGCGAAUAAAGUAAAAUAAAAAAUAAUAAAAACUAAUUGGACCGCCAUGGAGAAAAACGUAGAGGAGAAGGGCAAGCUUGAUUUGCUGGAGGACAACAGGACCGAUUCCGGUAUCGACUCGUUCAGGUCGUUAACCAGAGACGAUCGGUGCAGUACCACGAGUUCGGUACCGGACCCACACGACGGGAGAGAGGAGCAGGACAAACUGAGCACGGAUGAGCGCCUGGACUCGUCUUAUGGCUCUUCAUCUUUGACCUCAGAAAGUCUGAGCGAUCUAAUGGGUAAAUGCAGCGUGUCGGGGACUCGGGCCGAGCACACAGUGGAGUACACCGAGGAGGAAGCUAACCUGUUAGCGACCGUCACCGAGGAUGGAGACACGUUUCUUCAUUUGGCAAUCAUCCAUGAAGUGGAAACAUUCACCCAUCAGCUCAUAAACCUGUUCCCCAAAGAGAUACUGGACAUCCAGAAUAAUUUGUAUCAGGCGCCGCUGCACUUGGCCGUCUACCUGAACCAGGUGCCCGUGGUGAAAGCUCUGAUGGCAAACGGCGCAUGUCUAGAGCUCCAGGACCAGGACGGAAACACGCCGCUUCACGUGGCCUGCGAGCACGGGAGGUUCGAGUGUGCUAACGAGAUGAUCCGCCUGGCUUCGCCAUCCAUGCUCACCCCGGUGUUCGAGACGCAAAACUGGAGAGGUCUGACCUGCCUACAUGUUGCCACUCUGCACAAACAUCACCGGAUCAUGAAACUGCUGAUGAAGAAAGGUGUGAAUCUGAACCUCCAGGAGGGAACGAGUGGGAAAACUGCAUUACACAUAGCCGUGGAGCUGCACGACGUGGAUGCAGUAAGUCUGCUGCUAAAAAGAGGUGCCAACCCAGAUGCUGCUAUGCUUAACGGCUGCACCGCACUCCACCUGGCAGUGGGGCGUCAAGAUGCCACCAUCACCAGCCGCCUUUGCCAGGCAGGAGCUGACAAAAUGAUUCGCAACAUGGAGGACGAGACUGCCUUGGACCUUGCUGACGGCAAUGACGAUAUACUUGCACUACUGCCAUUUGAUGACAUCCAGAUCAUGGGCAGAACUGUUGGCUUGAACUUCUGAGUGACGAGUGUGUUCAGCACCCCUUUGACUCUGCACUCUGUGGACUUUGUUUUUUAACCUUUAGUUGCCUUUCCUUUUUAUAGCCUUGUUUAUUCAUAAUGUUGAUGGACAUUAGAGCUGUUAAUUUAUAAACUCGAUUGGGGUGUCCUUAAAUACUUAUUUUCCAAAUCUGUUCCAAAUUGGUCUGUAAUAAUCAAACAAAUGUUUUUUUCAUUCUAUAUUUCUAAGCCUACUCAGUUUUAAGUGUCCAUUCAUCAUUAAAUAUGGCACAUGCUGAAAUUAGUAUGGACUUGAACUGUAAAAUACCUCAUAACAUAUGGAAAUAUAAAUGAACUUAGGAAAGCACUUGAGGAGGAGCACUUAAUGAGGAGGCUCAGAUAAGUAAUAAUAAAUCAUGGUUUACAGCACUCAUCACUCAUCAGCUUUUCUGGUCUAGGGCAGUGUCCCUUUGUGUUUUAAACUGACUUUGUGCAAAAGUUAUUUGAAUGCUUUUUUUUUUUAAUUAUCUUUGUUAAACUUCUUGGUUUCCUUCAUGUACAUAACUCUGGUGUUGACCCGGCAGUUAUGAACUGUUAUGUGGCAACAUGUGCCUUAGAAGUUGUGGUAAAUGACAGUAUUUUUCCUUAGUAUGAUUUCACUGGCUGUGCAUCAUUCUCACGUUGUGGAUUUACUGAUUUAAAAGCCAACUUUUGACAAAAGUUUUAUUUUCCAUGUGAGUUCCUUAGCCAAGAUUACAAGCUAAAAGGCAAAUAAUGGAGAUUUGUUUCGUUAUUAUUUGUACAUGAGUCAGUAAAAUAACAGGGAUUCUUUGUGUAUUGUAUUUACAUAAAAGUUAUUGGCUGAGGUUUGUGCAUAUUUUUUUUUUGUUAUGGUUAUAUUAUCCAUCCAAAUGGGGAAACUGAAAGAGGCCUAUGUCCAACACCAACCAGGAUUGGGACAAAGGCAGGGAAGAUAUGUAAAUUAAAUUUUUACUGAUUUACCACUUCCGCAUAGCCUGCAUACCUGGCCUCAAACUUGAAAUCAUCCAUACCAAUGCCAUAUGUAGUUUGACACCCAUCUCUUGCUGUGAACUAUAAAAUAAACAAAAUCUAAUCUUAGUUUAUGUGCCAUGAAUUCAGGUCUUUGCUCAUGGCUCUGUUGCAGACCUGGUAUUUGGUUCAUAGUGGAAACUCCUGAGCUACCAGAUUAGCUUUGCACCAUCGCUUUAAAAUGUGCUUUGUACUUAGACUGAUUUAGUGUAUAUUUGCUGCUAAUUAUGCAUACAGAAGUCUUUAAAAUUGUUGAUAUCUUAGUUUCCAUGUAAGCAAUAAGAAUGCAUGUAGAAAGGAUGUUCGAUGAGUAGUCUUGAUUUUAUUUAGAUUUGAUCCAUCACACCAACAGUUGUCUGCAAAUAUUUAAUACUUCAAUAAAUAAUAUAUAAUAAUAUUUUAAUAUUUAUCAUAUAAAUGUAAACUAACAUUUAUUAUAGUUUGAAUUUAUAUGGAAAAGAGUCGAUCAUCUGAGUAGAAGCUUUGCGUGUGUCACAUCCCUUUUUUUCCUUUUUUUUUUUUUUUUUAUAAAGCGGAGUUUGUUCGUGUUAUUACUGAUUUUGAACAAUUUUGGAAGACCUGUGUUUCUGGCCAAUAUCAGGAAACAUGUUGUGGAUUUGUAAUGGCUUGACAGUCGGAUUUCAAAGGCAUGUUUAAUAUCUUAAUUUUUUUAUUAUUAUUAUUGUCAUAAAAUAUGCACUUGCAAGAUGUACAGUUAGAAUUUUAUACAUAUUCAUUUUGAAACUGCACAAGAUUAUUUUGUAUUAAACAUACCUUACCAAAAGUA